CUUUAGCUCAAUAUACCGCUCAUUGGGAGUCUUUAAAAUUGGAAGGAAAUCUCCGCGAAAUUAUUACUUGGAAGAUAUACCUAGUGAAGAAUCCACGGCUUCUGUAAAUUUGUUAACCCAGCUUAAAUGGCCAGCAGACGACUCAGAUAUCAAAUGUGCACAGAGAUGUAUCUCAGCGCUUUAUUAUUAUGUGUGUAUCCCUUUAGGAGUAAGUGGAGUAAAAUCAUAGGUUUGGGCAUCUACACAGCAGUAAUGACAACAGUACAUUCCUCUGCAUGUGCUAUAACAGUUUUAAUCACUACUUCACUAUCACUGAACACUAUUUUGGCCUGGAAGUCCCAGUUUGCUAAGAAGCAGUGGAGGUUUUUGCUUGAAGCGCUGCCAAAGAAUCCAGGAAGAAAUCCUGGCAGAAUAAUUUGGUAUACUACUGUAAUCUUACUUGGCAUAGCAAGUGUCCACGAAUACCAAGAAAUGCAUUUUCUACCGAGCAGACUUUUACAUCAAACAUGCAUGUCACUAAUCUAUGUUGGAGUUUCUAUAAAUAGCAUGUUUGUGAACAAACUCUUAAAAUCUAUUGAGGCUAAUGUUGUAGAUAUUUUGACCAAACUGGAGGCAGAAAUCGAAACUCAAAAUCGUAUAGUUGCAUCAAAAAUGGGCAGCAAUGACUGUUUUUCAAUGUACAUGUCAGUUUCACAAAUGGAUACGAUAGUAACAUCUUAUUUGAGAGUUCUGAGGGGGAUACAGUACUUUAAUGAAUUAUUUGGGCUAACAAUUGUUGGACUGGCGAUCUUAUUGACAUCAUCUAUAGCAAAUGCUUUGUAUAUUUUAUUCAUCAAGGACACGCAAAUCGAAGCUAAUAUUUGGCGCUCUGUGCUAAUCAAGACAACUAAAGACAGUAUCAGUUAUCUGGUGUACUGCUUUCUAUACAUAGAACCGUGCAUGAAAACAACCUCUCAUCUCGAUGAAGCCGUCAAGCUAACUUGCAGGCUUUCGACAAAACUGCCGCACAAUUCAACGAAUCUCAGCUAUGUUUCAUUACAAAGGAAACUGGAUUUGUUGAAUAAGCAACUUACCUCGUGUAAGCCAUACUUUUCUGCAAGUGGCCUUUUUGAUGUAGAUUAUGCUAUAUUUUCAUAUAUUUUUGCAGGAAUUUCAUCUGUCGUUAUUGUUUAUGUACAAUUGAUGUAGGUCCAAUAAAGAGAUAGACAU